AUGCUUACCACACAGUGGGCAGUCAGACACCCACCACACAAUGGGCAGUCAUCGGCUAGCAAGAUGCUUACUACACAGUCGGCAGUCAGACGCCCACCACACAAUGGGCAGUCAGCGGCUAGCAAGAUGCUUACAACACAGUGGGCAGUCAGACGCCCACCACACAAUGGGCAGUCAUCGGCUAGCAAGAUGCUUACCACACAGUGGGCAGUCAGACGCCCACCACACAAUGGGCAGUUAUCGGCUAGCAAGAUGCUUACCACACAGAGGGUAAUCAUUGGGUCGCAAGACACAGUGGGCAGUCAUUGUUAUUGGCUAGCAAGACGCCCACCACACAGUGGGCAGACAUCGGCUAGCAAGACAACCCCUACAGCAUGGCAGGCAAUCAUCGACCUCACACGAGGCAUCAUCAGGAACAUGCCUUUAAACAACGCGACCAACCUCAGUUUUGUUAUGAAGAAGAACAGACUCUCCGUGGACGAGCAGGAAAUAUCAACAAACAUCAAAAUUUUAUCGGGAGACUUAAAUAAAGUACUGGACAUAAGUGACAGUAGUUCAGAACGUGGUGCUAAGGCUGGUGCCAUUGAGAACACCAUAGAGGAUAAUGAGGAUGAAGAAACGUGUGAGCCAAAUGAAGCUGGCGAUGAUUUACGUUACGACUGGUUGCAGUGUACCAGAUACAAGCCUCCAAAACUACAGCGCAUCCGUAAGAAGGAAGGAGGAAAAAAGCGUAAACUUGGACGCAAUCCCAGGGUGCCGUUCACCCAGCAUCAGGUUUCGGAGUUGGAGAGGAAGUUCAACCGGACCCACUACCUUAGCAGUCUUGAUGUGGCUGAACUCUCGACUAACCUUAACCUCACAGAGACAAGGGUCAAGAUUUGGUUCCAAAAUCGUAGAGCAAGGGAAAGAAGAAGCAACAAUGUCAAGGACACAUUGCCUGCUCCAGACAAUGCAGACAGGGUCGAUCAAGAUGUUGUGUUUCCAACGACAACGUCUUCUUAUUGCCCUUUAUUGCUAUCGCCAAGAACAGUAUCGCAGCAAAUGCUUGCCUUUGAAAGUCUUCAAGAAUCCUUUCAGCAAAGGUCGUCAGCGUUUACGCCCUUGUCCUAUACAAAUUUAACAGCAAACUCUCCAUAGCUAUGCUGGAUUGUC